AUGCCCGUCACACGCUCCGAGGGAAAGGGCCGCAAGGUCGCAACACAACAGAAGCCAUCAUCCGAGGACACCGCUACGACCUCGGGGACCGGCAACAGCGCCGAGACUGCGAUCGAUUCUACAGCCACAGGGACUACCGCCACGGAAACUACAGAGUAUACAUCCGCCUCCGUGACGACAGCCACCACGCAGUCAUCGGCAACCGCCGCGACCUCCGGCACCGCCGCCACCUCGGGCGCCACCGCGACCGCCGGCACCACCGCCGCGGCCGCAACAGCAACCAACGCGCCUACGGUCUCGGACUCCGCUGCUACCACGCUGCCCGCUCACGCCGUCAAGAAGACGAACAUGAACCCCCCGCGGGGGGGGGUAACCGCCGGUGUCAACAAAAACAGAACAGAAGCAUCUACAGUCAAGCGGAACAGGAAGGAUGCAACCGGCCCACAUGAAACAGGUGGACCGACCUCCCCGCGCGCCCCCAGCAAGAGGGGGGGAGGGGGGGGAUCAACACACAGCAAGAAGGCGCAGCGGAUAGCAAAGGCCAAAGAAGAACUCCUGCGCCUACAGGUCGAGCUCGCGGCGGCGAAGCUGGCCGCCUUGGAGACUGAAGACACAGAAGAUGAAGAUGAAGAAGGCGACGUCUCUAUCACCGAGGUGAACGAGAAGGUGUCCAAUUGGCUCGACACCAACAAGAACACAGCAGAGGAGGACGCGACGCCACAGCAGAAGACUCAGCAGCCCGCGCAGCCAACACCGGCGGGAGGUCCAGCGGACUUCUCGCAGCUGGCUGAAGCAAUAACGUUCGCGGUCAAGGCCGCUCAGCGACCGAAGUUCAUUGAACUUCCGAUCUUCAGCGGUGCACAUCAAGAAUGGCUGCCCUUCCGCGCGGCCUACUAUGAGACGGCGUCGUCGUACUCUCCUAUAGAAAACACGAACAGGCUUAGAAGAAACCUCAAAGGAAGAGCCAGGGAAGCCGUGGAGGGCUGCUCAUCACCAGUGCAGCUCCGGAAGAAGUUAUGA